AACACUGGGCAGAUGAAACUGUCUAAACACAUUCAACCAUCUGACUCAAUGAAGAUGGGCAGAGUGUUUCUCGUCACCAUGAUUGCAUUUCUUGCUACUGUCGAUCUGGCCAAAAUUCAACUUUCCGAUAAGAAUGAGCCACAUUGUGAAGACUAUCCUAAUGCCCCUAUAUGUACUAGAGAGUAUAUUCCAGUUUGUGAUAUCGAUGGAAAUACAUUUCCAAAUCGAUGUGUGCUGUGUGGUGAAAUAAGAUUGAGUGGCAAUAAGAUCUUAAUAAAACACUUUGGAGAAUGUUAAUUCCACAAGCACGAUAAUGUUCCGACCUGUCUUUCCAAAAAUGCAAUAAAGA